AUGAUCCGCGGCGCCUGGAUGUCCCCCCGCGGGGGCGCCGCCGGCGGGGCCGUGUGCUGCGCGCCGCGCCGCAGCGACAAGCCGGUGGCCGACCCCGAGCGGGCGCAGAAAUGGCGCCUGUCGCUCGCCUCGCUCCUCUUCUUCACCGUGCUCCUCUCCGACCAUCUGUGGCUCUGCGCCGGGGCCAAGCUGCGGGCGCGGGAGCGGCCGCGGGGCCGCGGGCCGCGGGCGCUGCUGGCGGCCGAGCCGGCGGGCGGUGGCGGCGGCGGCGGCAGCUGCGAGGCCCUGCUGGGCAACCUGAGCCGCGGCCCCGGCGGGCCCUGCCCCGCCGCCCGCGGGGACCUGGACUCGGCGUGCGCCCGGCUGCUCGCCCCGCAGCGCCCGCGGGCCCCCGGAGCGCCCCUGCGCUCGCCCCCCGCCGCCGCCGCCGCCGCCGCCGCCGCCGCGCCCUUCUUCGCCUCGCCCUCCUCCAAAAGGACCUUCCUGCAGGCUUACUUCAGGAACUUCAACCUCUCCUUUUGUGAUACUUACACGAUCUGGGACCUGCUGCGGGAGAUGGCCGGCCCCGACGGCCUGGACUGCAGCCUGGACAACCUGAUGGUGGACCUGGUGGUGGCGGCGGCCGGGGCGCUGGGAGGGGAGGCCUGUAGCAGCUGCGUCCAGGCGUACCAGCGGCUGGACCAACACGCUCAGGAAAAAUACGAGGAGUUCGACCUCUUGCUGGAGAAGUACUUGCAGUCGGAAGAGUACUCGGUCAGAUCCUGCCUGACGGACUGCAAGGCUGUCUACAAGGCGUGGCUGUGCUCCGAGUACUUCAACGUGACCCAGCAGCAGUGCCGGCAGCGGAUCCCAUGCAAGCAAUACUGCCUGGAGGUGCAGACCAGGUGCCCCUUUGUGUUACCGGACAAUGACGAGCUGAUCUAUGGAGGUUUGCCUGGCUUCAUCUGUACGGGGCUGCUGGAGAACCAGCUGCCCGACGAGGAGGCCAAGUGCUGCGAGGUGCAAUGGGACUCCUGCGAGCACCCCCCAGACAGCAACGAGGACACAUCCCCCAAAUCCACGGCGUCAGAGUCGCUCCAUUUCCACCGCCACGACCCCCACCUCCAUCACCAGAGGCAGAACCACUACCACCUCUACCACCACCACCACCAGUACCACCAGUACCACCAGCCCCGCUCCCCGUCCUUGCUGCCGGUCUCUGCGGGGUCUCGCCUCGGCAGCAGCAGGAUCAGACUGUGCGUGCUGGUCCUGAUGCUCCUCCACACCAUGGUGUCCUUCUCGAGCGUGCACGGUGGCGGCGCCGGGGGGCUCGGCCUGGAGACCCCACCCGCCCUGGAGGAGAGCGUGGCACGGGACGAGUGACACAGAGGGCAGAGCCGACCUCCAAGGAGAACGCCAGAUCUUUUUCCAUAAGGGGGGCACAUGCUAUUCCUCCAAUGGGAGGCACGGGGUUGGGGGUGGCUCACACGCACCCCCGCACAUCCCCCAAGAGCUGCUCGCCAGGGGCAUCCCCGUGGUGAAGAGUCUCUAACGCGCACAGGGCUGCGGGACCCGGCGCCAGAAGGGUUCGGGCAGGGGCAGCAUUCCGGGCCCCGCAGGAACGGCACGGGGGCGGGGGGACCGAGGGGAGGGGUCCCUUGGAUGGAAGGGUGUCCCCAUGGGACUGCCGAGUGUCCCCCGGCCGCUGCCGCGAGUGCCUUGGGCGCCCGCGCCUCCCCCGCCCGCGCCGUGCCGAGGUUUGACGGUCGGCCCAGCCCAGCCCAGCCCAGCCCUCGUUCCUUUUCUCCUGGGUCUGUGAAUCCCGAGGGAGCAGGCGGAGGGGCAGCACCUCCCGGCACAGCCUGGCCCACUCCUGUCCCAGGGAAAAGCCACCGGCUCGGGGUAGAACCGCAGUGUCCUCAGCGCGGCGCUGCCUCGCUGGUGGCGUUUGGGGACAGGAGUGGGACGCUGUGACGCUGCACUGUGGUACCACUCGGGGUUGGUCUCACUGCAUCCCAACCUGCUCCUCCAGCCUGGCCUUUCCUGCUCCUCUGUGCGAGGAGGAGGAGAGGGAGAAGGCACAGAGCAGGAGGGAUGUCCCCAGCAUUCCCACGUCCCACUUUGCCAAGUGUCCUGAUGAUUUGGUGUAACCUUUUUGUUGUCCUCCCUGGCUGGUGGGACUGGUCUCAGUGAGGAGUUGGGGAGAUGUGACUCCAGCAGCACACAGGCUGUGAGGGAGAGGGUUCCCACGUGGCAGCAGUUGGAUGCAGGGAAUCCCAAAGGCGUCCUUCCAUGCUUCCCAGCUACAAAUCAUUGGAUGGCAGGAGGACUGGGCAAACAGGCUGGAGAAAUCUGGCUUGAAGGGAAGAGUCUCCCACACAAAGAGGCACUAAUAAAGCCCAGCUAGGGAGGAGCAUUUUUGUGAAUAGUUUCAAUCCAUGGAUGCCCCCAGAUCCGGAAAUUUCUGGGAGCCCAGCUGGACUUGGCCGGGCAAGGUGCUGGCUGGUGCAGCCUCAUUCGGCUCACUUGGGGUGUUUUUUAACCUGAGCUCAGCAUAUCCAGGGAUUCAGCCCCAAACAAACAUCAGAUCCAUAGGAUCUGAUCCCCAGGUCAUUUCCUAGGAAACUCCCAAUUCUCCACCCACCCACCAGAGCUGUUCCCAGCGUGGACACUGCGAAGUGGUGCCUCCAGGCCGGGCACCAGGGGCUGUAAUUUGUCCUGGGUGUGGGCAGGGAAGGAGGAGAGGGUGUUCUAGCACAAGGUCACAAGUUGGGUGUGAACCCACUCCCUGCUCCCAGAGGGACUGGGAUGGUCCCUCUGUUUCCAGGCUGGCUCUUGACAGGAACCUACAGCAGAGCCCUGCUUGGGUCGCUGCAGGAGACAGAGAUGGAGCAGGAAGAAUGUCCCAAAUUGAUCCCAGAUCCCUGUGAGGGUGCAGGAAGCUGAUGACCUGUAGGAGUUUUGUGGUUUCUGGUCUGUUGAGGUGAAGCAAAACCAAGCAGAGCCCGAUGAGCAGAGCCCCAUGAGCAAAGCUACUUCCUGCCCGGCUGGAAGAAGGAAGUACCAGGCAUCUGGUGGGAAGCACAGGUUUCCUGACAUUUCCAGCCCAUUUCCAGACCAAAGAGGCUCUGAGAAGCAGCUGAAUGUUUGAUUCCUGCUUUGACUUGAAUCUCAGAGCUUUGGGGUGAUGUUUACACACCACCAGUUGCCUGUUCCCAAAGUCCUGCAGAGACAAGGCCUGUGAUCCCGUUGUCCCAUGGUUUUUGGGGUGGGAGAGGUGGUGCUCAUGGAAGAUGGAGAGUGUUUCCUGGGCAGAUUCUCUUGCUGUUGCCACCCAAAAAGUAGGAUGUCUCUCAUUUGACUGUUCCUCAUGACAUCCAUAUGAUUUCAGCCUAGUUUACAGCAAUCAGAACAGUUGGGCAUGGAGCAGUUCUGCAGGCCGGGAUCCAAUCCCUUGGUUUUCUGUGAGCAGUGGGUUGUGGAGCUGCUCUGACAAGGAGCAAAAGCUCCCAGGCAGGCCAGGGGAGGGAGCACAGCCCCAUCCCUGACUCAAGGAAAUUAGAUUUCUCCUGUGCUGCCAAGAGUUAAGCUAAUUCCAGGCUCCUCUCUCGGAGAUAGACUGUGCCCAAUCUCGGAGCGACUCAUCGGCAGAGGGAACAGUAGCCCAACGUCAGCAAGUGGCCCUGAGUCACUGGCCCUGUUCAUUGUGUCAUGUGAGACACUGAGCAGUGCUGGUGGGCACGGGGUGGCCCAGCCUCAGCCCCUGCACCACAUCCAGAUCCAGCAGCAUCCUGAGGGAUGUGUGUCCUUCUCCCUGCCCAACCCUUGUGUCCUGCUGGUGAUGGAGCGUCAGGCCAGGCUUGGGGUGGUGAUGGGUGAUGUGGGAUUCCCAGAGAAGCUGUGGAAGCGUCCAAGGUUGUACAGGGCUUGCAGCAAGCUGGUCCAGUAGGAGGUGUCCCUGCCCAUGGCAGAGGGUAAAACAGAAUGAGCUUUAAGAUCCCUUCAACCUAAACCAUUCCAUGAUUUCCACAGAGCUGCAGGAGUGAGAUCCAACAACCCAAGUCAUCUUCAGGGGGUGCUGUCAGGGAUUUGCUGUGAGAAACAGUUUCACCUUCCCUAACACCAGCUGGAAGCUUCCCUCAGGUGGUCAGGAGUGUAUGUUGCAUCCCAGUGAAUCAGGAAGUGGAGCCGGUUCAGAACUGGGCUGGUUUGGGUGGCUACUGGAGAGGUUUGAGCCCCAUCCACUGAGAGUGAGGAGGCCCCCAGGGCAGGAGAUCCAUGCAUUUUCCAGGCCAUGGCUCCCAGGGGGUGUUUCCAAGGAGAUGAGAUGCCAGAAGGAGCGCACGGGAUGCGGAUCUGCUCUGGGAGCGUGGGAUAGGCUUUACCUGCUGCAAGUGGGAAGAAAGUGCUGAGUCUUCCCAGAGCGAGGCUUUGGAAGGAGAUCUUUCCUUUAGCGAGUCUGGGCUGCUGUCAAUAAGUUCUGUGGUUUUAGGGCACCAUAUGCUGCAUUCAACACUUUGCCAAUCUCCUUAAACAGAUCCAGACAAGGCUGUUCCCAGAGCAGGAGCAGCUGGAAGCGGUGUAUGGAGCAGUCCAUCAUCAGGAGCCCGUCAGAUAAAAUUCCUGCCUUUGGUCUGACAUUACAACCACCUAAUCCUCCAUCCCUGAGUGCUCUGACUUUGCUCUCUGAGAGAACAGCCCUAGAAGCAGACGGUGACAUUGUCUCACUUAACAGAACUGGCAUUAUUUUUAUUGCAAAGUGGAGGGAAUGUGCCUAGAAAAGGAGGGAGUGUGCUUAACCUGUGCCUGCCAGAACAGAGAUCCUUUGCAAUCCCAAAUGCUCUCCACAUUCCCAAAGCCACCUUGGAAAACACGAGCUCUAAAUGAUUCAUCCUGCCAGGAAUUAAACCCAAAGGGCUUUGUCCUUCUCAUCCAAUGAUCUUAUCUCUUCUCCUUAAAGAAGAUGCUCCAUGUUGGGAUGGAUAUGUAAAACUCAACUUUUCCUUCAGUGGACAAACUUCUCUUUGCUCAGAGAGAAUUCCCAGUGAGAAGCAGUGAUUCCUCCCUGGCCAGGGGGUUUCUCAUCCCCAGGGAAGUGAGGGGUGUUGAUGUCUCCACAAGCUCCAGGUGUGGGCAGAGAGAAGGAGCAGAGGGAGCCGGGUCCAGCGUUAUUCCCGGGUUUUGCACUUUCAUGUAGCUGCCAGUUGUACAAAUUAAUUAAAAAUAACUGAAGAAAAAUCCCAAAGAAAGGCCCCGCUUCCUCUGGGGAACAUUAAUCAUUAGCUGAGUCUUUUUCUUAUGAAAAUACAGAUCCAUGGUAGCCCCAGGCAGAAGAUUCCCAGGGAGAGCCCUCACCAUUCGUGCUCGGAGUUAGGGAAAUCGCUUUGAAAGCAUCUGACAACUAAAGCAGAACAUGUUGAGUAACUUGGCAACACUGGGAAAACAUCUGGAACUGGUUUUUCUUCAACACAUUUUGCUUUGCUUCAAGAGGAGAUGUCAGGGCAGUUCAUUCACUGCCACUCAGGGCCGCGGGCGGGGCCGGGAGAUGCUCGGCUGCCGCCUGGAGGAAGGGAAUAAAGGGAAAAUCCAAGAUAUCUGUGGCUCCUGGGCAGGAUCCUGCCAGGCCACACCAUGGAGAGUCCCUGUGCUGAGCUCUGCAGGUGCCUCCUGGUCUCUGGUGGCACUGAACGUGUGUGGUUUGGGAUGAGGUGUUGAGUUUGCUUGGAAAUGCUGUGGCUGUCCCAUCCCUGGGAGUGUCCAAGGCCAGGUUGGACAGGGCUUGGAGCAACCUGGGAUAGUGGAAAGUGUCCCUGCCUAUGCCAUGGUCUUGAAGGUCCCUUCCAACCCAAACCACUCUGGGAUUCCAUGGUUUCCACAGAGCCAAAGCAAGUGAGGUCCCAUAGCCCAGGUUACCC